CCUAGCCGGACGAGAGGAAAGUAUCUGCACCGCUGAGGGGGGAAAGAAGGAGCUGGAGACAGUUUGUAGGACCCAGAGCGGGCUGGCGGAAGGCGACGGAGCUAUUAGCGGCUUUGCUCUGCUAUAUGAAAUAUGGGAGACGACAGACCGUUUGUGUGCAAUGCCCCAGGCUGUGGACAGAGAUUUACAAACGAGGACCACCUGGCAGUACAUAAGCACAAGCAUGAGAUGACAUUGAAAUUUGGCCCUGCCCGUACUGAUUCAGUCAUCAUUGCAGAUCAGACUCCUACUCCAACUAGGUUCCUGAAGAACUGUGAGGAAGUGGGGCUCUUCAAUGAACUAGCUAGCUCCUUUGAACAUGACUUCAAGAAAGCUGCAGAUGAGGAUGAGAAAAAGGCUGCUCCUGGGCCCCUUGACAUGUCUCUGCCUUCCACACCAGAUGUCAAAAUCAAAGAAGAGGAGCCAGUGGAGGUAGACUCAUCUCCACCUGACAGCCCUGUCUCUAGCCCCUGUUCCCCACCACUCAAAGAGAAGGACGUUGCCCCAAAGCCUGUUGUGAUCUCUACUCCCACGCCCACCAUCGUACGCCCUGGCUCCCUGCCUCUCCACUUGGGUUAUGAUCCACUUCACCCAACCCUUCCCUCCCCAACCUCAGUCAUCACACAGGCUCCACCAUCCAACAGGCAACUGGGGUCUCCCACUUGCUCCCUCCCUCUUGUCAUGCAUCUCGCUAAUGGACAGACUAUGCCUGUGCUGCCAGGGCCUCCAGUACAGAUGCCUUCUGUUAUAUCGCUGGCCAGACCUGUGUCCAUGGUGCCCAACAUUCCUGGUAUCCCUGGCCCACCAGUAAACAGCAGUGGUUCCAUUUCUCCCUCUGGCCACCCCAUGCCAUCAGAAGCCAAGAUGAGACUAAAAGCCACCUUAACCCACCAAGUCUCCUCAAUCAAUGGUGGUUGUGGAAUGGUGGUAGGUACUGCCAGUACCAUGGUGACAUCCCGUCCAGAGCAGAGUCAGAUCCUCAUCCAGCACCCUGACGCUCCAUCCCCUGCCCAGCCACAGGUCUCACCAGCCCAGCCCACCCCUAGUACUGGAGGGCGACGGCGGCGCACAGUGGAUGAAGAUCCAGAUGAGCGGCGGCAGCGCUUUCUGGAACGCAACCGCGCUGCAGCCUCCCGUUGCCGCCAAAAGCGGAAGCUAUGGGUGUCCUCUCUAGAGAAGAAGGCAGAAGAACUCACUUCCCAGAACAUUCAGCUGAGUAAUGAAGUCACUUUACUACGCAAUGAGGUGGCUCAGUUGAAACAGUUGCUGUUAGCUCAUAAAGACUGCCCAGUCACUGCACUACAGAAAAAGACCCAAGGCUAUUUAGAAAGCCCCAAGGAAAGCUCAGAGCCGACGGGUUCUCCAGCCCCUGUGAUUCAGCACAGCUCAGCAACAGCCCCUAGCAAUGGCCUCAGUGUUCGCUCUGCAGCUGAAGCUGUGGCCACCUCGGUCCUCACUCAGAUGGCCAGCCAAAGGACAGAACUGAGCAUGCCGAUACAGUCGCAUGUGAUCAUGACCCCACAGUCCCAGUCUGCGGGCAGAUGAUGUCUCCCCUGGUGGAGAGGUCCCCAGCCAGAGCUCGCCCACCCAAGAGCCAAGAAAGAUGUCAUCUUACCCCUUCCAUCUGCCUUGGACAUGGGAAAAUGGGGGGAAAAUUGUGUGUUGUGAGUAAUGGACAGAUGUGGGCUUUUCUCUUCAUCCAGAUGGUCAUGUAUAUUUGACACCUAUACUAAGGGCCUCCCAGCCCCAGAGCCACAUAGAUCAUCCCCUAAGUGUGGGAUUUCUGAUGGACCCACAGUCAAAGGCCUUUCCAGAUGGUCCGAACAAUCACCUCUGCCCCAUGCACAUGUACCUGUCUCUUUUAACACUAACCCUUGCUUUUCUAGGUUUGGGGUUUCUCAGCUUCCUCUCUCCCCACUAGGCUGUGGUUGUUACCUUCUUGUUCCUUACAAGCAUGUCACUUCCUGCUAGGUAGAGGGAGGCUAGAUUUGAUGGCAUAUCACCUACUGGCCCAUCCCCAGCCACCCUAUGGACUCAGGACUUUGUUUCCCCUUAGCUGCUUAUUGACCCCUUUUUCCUCUUCCUAAAUUCUAGUUAAAACAUUCACUUAUGGAGAAUCUAAGGUUACCUUUGAUAUAUGAAAUAGCAGGAAUUUCCAGCUCUUCCAUAAACUUAAUUCCUUCUCCAACUGGCCACCAAACAAACAUAUAAAAUAGGAAGAAAGAAACAAAACCCCAAGAGUUCCACUGCAGUCCUUUUUCAUGUUUUUCCAGAGCUAUUUGGGUACCUCCUUUUGUCUCUUGACCUUAAGUAGGCUAGUGCUGAGGUCUUUUCCACUUCCCCACUAAGCCAUGGCAACCUCAUCUUGUGGCCUUAUAUUAUUAGACAUUGCUUGGUAGCAAAAAGGAAAGAGCCGGUGAUCUGACUGGCUGAUCCCUAGCCCCUCCCUGCUCCAUCCUCCUUUAGUUUUAAUUGUCAGGACUGGCAGGAACAAUGUAGUUCAAAGCUAGUCCCAUUAGGUUACUGGAUUGAUUGAUUAUUUUCUGUUUUACAAGUGUUUACUGGCCAGAGCAUACACACUUCUCUUGGUCAUCCUUCUCCUCCUGCCUUUCCCUCUCCAUUUCCCUUUUCACAUCACUGCCACCAUCUCUCUUCUAUAACUAAUUCAGAUGCAGCUUUCAUGGAGGCUGUUAUGCAGGGGACCCUGUGCACUCCCUUGCUCUUCCCCCAUUUCUCAGCCUCACAUUUCACCUUUCCGGGCUAGGUUUUUAAAUUCUAAGUGUCUACCACCUUCUGGAUCUGUCUUCUCUCUUUCACCAGGCUUACAGCCUAGCCACUAUCUCCCUGACCCUGUGGAGUCUCUUCAGCUCUUUUCAGCUCUCUGCCCCUUAGGUGCAAUGCUUCUCUCCAUACUCUAAGCCCCAGGACUCUAAGGCAUCAUAGCCAAGGUCCUGAGUGGAUUUUCUUGAGUAUAAGAUUGGAUAGGGGAAGACAGGGGAAAGGGAGGAUGCAGUACUAAUCUUGUAGAAGAGCCCUGACUCAUGAGGGGUCUGGCCUCCCCAGGAAACUGGUGACUAUCACUCUUAGCUAUUCUUAAUUAAACAGUUGGGUUUCAGGGAGAGAAAUUCGUCCCUCUUGUCCCUCUUUCUUCCCUGUUAGGACGUCUCAUCUUCCCUUGGCUCUGAACUAUGCAAUUUCUAACAGCCAUAGGAAGCAAUCAUUGCCAGAGGCCUGUGGGUAGAUAGGUCAGCUUUAAUAGCUCUUCAGUGUGAAAUCCUUCCAUUUGUCCCAGAGCUACCUUCUACCGUCUCCCCAAGCCAAGAAUGUCCUUUUCUCCAUCUCUCCUACAUCCAUCUUAAACUAACAUACAAAAUAACUGCCAGCUUCCUUUCUUAUUUUGUCUUCCAAAAAUGGCUGUCAUAGGAGAAAGAGAAAAUGUUCUAAGCUACAAGAUUCUCAUCUCCUCAGAGUGAAAGUACUGGUAAACCAGUCAGGUAACAUGGUCUGCUGCAUUUCUUUUAAAUUCCCCCUACUGCUUUUCAGAUCCAGUGCUGAACAAGCCACACCUGGUGAAGAGAAGGGAGAGAAAACAUGAUUUUCUUAUCCUCCACCACCAAGGACCCAACAGGAAUAACCCCUGAGAUGACUCAAAAUAGCAAGUGUCAUGGCAGAUGGUCAGGAUGCAGGUUAUCCCCUCCAGGGACUUCACUUGCCUUUAAGAAUUCAUUGCCAUAACUAGUGCUCAGGACUUUUGCUUUAGACAGCUGCACCCUGGGAUUUUCUCCUGCUUCAGAGUUUUGUUUCAUUUUUUAUUGUCUUCAUAUCCCAUUAGCAGCCUUGCCUUCAAGCUUAACCGAGCUUGUGGCUCUUAAGGAGCCAUCAUAAGGCCUUUGACUCUUUUUCUUCCCCCUUCAGUUAAGUGUUAUUAAUAUACUCUGGCCUUGGAGAGGGUUUGAGGCUUGCCAGCCUGUCCCUGUGUUUGAUGGCUAAUUUAGAUAAAGGGUCUUAUUUAGGGUUUUAGCCCCAAAUCUAAUUCUCUGAGUCUUUAUCUCAUUUCCAUUAGCGGGAAGUAAGUAUUAGAGAACUGAAUAAGGGGCAUUGCCAGAACCUUAGUAAUGAAGCAGCAGUGACAUGAAGAAGGGGCAGAAUAGCGCUUGCCAGACAAUCCUUUAGUUAGUCUUCAGUCUCUAAGAAGGCAGAGCAAUUGUUUACCCUGAAACUUCUCUUAUAGUCAAGGGGAACUACACUUGUUAUUGUUGCCAGCCAUGUGGUCAUUUUCCCAUGAUCUAUGCCUUCCAGACACAUCUAGACCAGAAACAAACAUUAUGGAGAGUGUCAAUAAGUUCUUCCUAAGGGCCAUGGUCAUUCUGGGGGCCUAAGAAGGAGCAUUUGGGAAAGUAGCUGGAAGUGUGUAUGUUUUGGGACUCGUCCUCCCACCACGCUCCAAAGACAUGGCUGCUAGAUAACCCAAGGCUCUCGUAGAGAAAGGGAUGUAAUCCUUAGAUCUGCAGAUUUUCUGCCCCAUUCCCUUAAAAGAAGGCUUGCUUAGAGUUGAAGUCUCUGAAAGCCUCCCAUACUGCUAGGAAGGACUAGUGGUACCUUCUUUUCUUAUUGUUUCCCUGUUGGUUUUAUACCCCAAAUCUGGCUGCCUUCAGCCUCCACUCCUUUCCUUGGUCCUAACCACUAGGUCAUAUGCUAUAGGUCGUGGUAAAGGAGGGGUUGGGCUAACUGAACCUCACCUCACUGCCUUCCUUAUUCCUGUUCUGUUGUUCUUGGCUCCCUUUUUGAUAUACUGCCACCCAGCACCAACCCAUCCUGGUAGAUGGGGUGCUUAGCUAUAACCAUGCCCCAUCUUCAGUCUGAUCCACCAAGCAGUCAGCAAAAAAUUCUUCCUGUCAUUUCUGAGGCUCACCUCCAUGCCAAGAGAGGCUCCUUAAAGGUGCUAGUCCCUGAAACAGCUCACCCCAAUUUCCCCCUCUUCUUUCAUAAUUCUCUUCCCAUCCCCAAAUCAUUAUUUCCCAUUAAUAUUGUACAUUGUAUACACAGGAAGGAAAUAUAUUACUUCUUUUUUUUAAAUUUCAUAACCCAGUCUAUUUUCCAGUCCUCCUGGCUGUAUCACAUAUGCUUUUGUUGCUAUGCUGUGUCUGCUUUCUUUAGGCUUUUGAUCAAAGGAGAGGGGAGGCAAAAACAGAGGAUCCUAAGGCAGAUUAGAGGACCUCCACCUACCUACAGCCUCUUACAACCCUAAUCAUCCCUGUCACAGUACAGAACUGAUUUCUCUGUUUCUGUUUCUACACAUGCAUAGAGAUAAAUCCCCACCCACCUACCCCAGAGUGGUGACCCAGCAGGAAUGCGCAUAGGUGGCUGCUGGCCAGCACUCCCACUCUGCACCGGUUCAUUUAUCUCUCUUUGGGGUAAAAUCCUACCCCAGAAUGAGAAAAAGUUGGGGAGAGUAGGACAGGUUAAGACAGAUUAUGUCCUUUGUAGAUGCAUGUUUGUAUUGUAGUUACUAGGGUUUACUUUAUAUUUUUAAUGGGGUCUGCUAGCACAGGGCUAUCUCAUCAGCAUUAGCUACUGGUGAGUGGUGUUUCUGCUGCAAGAAGUGGCUCUGAGCACCAGUUUUAUUGGCUUUACCUUAGGCAGUGGUUCUUAGAAUGUGGUCCAUGACCAGCAGCAUUAGCAUCACCAAUAUCUGGGAACUUGUUCAAAAUUCAAAUUCUCAGGCCCCAUCCCAGAUUUAUUGAAUCAGAAAAUCUGGGGGUGGUUUGUAACAAGUACUCCAAGUGAUUCUAAUGCACACUAAAGUUUGAGAACCAUUGCCUUAGGGGCAAGCUGGGAAAUUCUUUUAAGAUGUCAAGGAUAUGUUAAAUACCAUCAUCUGUCUUAGCACUAACAUAUUUUUCCAUUUCCUCCAGUCCCUCCCUUCACUCCCAUUGAAACAACCACCACCACAUCAUUCAUCUCAAAAUCUAGGUUUGUCUGCCUUCUAGUCUUCUCCCUAAAACCUCUCUCUGGGUCAUUCUGGACAGGAGUUGUCCAGUGUGCCCUUGCAGACUGGUUACUCCGUGUUCUUUGUUACAUUAAGGACCAGCUGGAGCUUUAGCUGUCAUUUUCCUCUCAUACACAUACACACACCUUUCAGGUAGGUAGGAGAAAAGCUUCCAACCCAAACAGUGGAAGCUGCAGUAUCCUGACAUAGUAUCUGUUUAAAAGAAAGCAGUGUGUAUCUAUGAUUAUAUCUGUUCUUCUGUAUAUCUUUGACAUGUAGCAACACCUCUCUAUCUUAUUAAGGAACUCCUCUGGGUCUGAGUCUUUACAUUCCCUGAUGGUGGGCUUUGAUGGUUGAGAGGAUACAGUGCUACAGGCUAUUUUGUUACAAAACCGUCUUUUCCCUUCUCCCCUCCACCCAAGUCAGCAUGAUCCCUGUGAGCAGGCUCUCACAAUCUCCCGGGACAGGGCUGAGGCAGGGGCUUUGCUCUAUUCUCCCUAAUCUUCCUUCCCCCUUGCCACUAAGCAGUUAUCCCCCAGCCAUGCCUUUUCCCUCCUUCCCUUGCCCUGACAUAUAUUGUGCCUUAUUUAUGCUGCAAAUGUAACAUUAAACUAUCAAGAGAACCA